CACGGUUGGUUAAAGAGAGAGAUAUGGAGGAGAACAAGGCAACAUUAGUGGAGAGAGAACUAGACAACAAAAUGCAUGAAUUUUCCUCAACGGUGUCGUAUAGCCCAAGCUUCAGCUGCUACGCUUCCGGUGACUUCGCAGCCGCCGCCGUUAAAGUUUCCCGCGAGAGCCAGAUGAUGAUGAGCUACAAUAUCGUAGAUCAUCAUCAAUCCGCUAAAGUUGACUCCGUCGAAGACGCUGACUUCGAGUUUGAAACGUCGCCGUUGCAUGAAGACACCUUCGUCCACUUCCCGCCCUUCAAGAAAGACGUCGUUAACAAGAAAGAAGAUGAUGACUUCGAAGAAGCCGCCGCCGCUGAGAAUAUAUCGGAGAGUUACUCUGGGAGUUGUCUGUGGAGUCCGCUCAGAUCUCCGGCGGCUGGUUCGAAGCGCAGCCGUUUAAAGAAGCUUCUAACGAGAAGCCAUAGCGACGGAGUCGUAUUGGCCCCAAGCGCAUCGAAACGAUGCAAUUUAAAGGAGUUUAUGAGGAGGAGCCACAGCGACGGGGGAGACGCAAAGAAGACGAGCUCCCCGGCCCCGGCGGUGAAAGGGAAGAAGGAGAAAACGGCGUCGUAUAAGGUCGGGGAAGGAAACAAGAGAAGAAAAUCUUACUUGCCAUACAAGCAAGAUUUGAUCGGAGUAUUCGCCGGAAUUCGAGGAUUUCGUCGUUAAUUAAUGACUUUACAACACUAAACUAUUAUUAUUAUUGUAGCAGUUAGGCACACUUUACAUUGUUUAAACUUUACUUACUCUGUAAUUUAUACUUUUCUACUUGCAUGUAAUGUAACUUUGGUUAAUUUGGUGAUACAUAUAUUAAUGAAAGUCCAAUUCAAUUCGUUGA